AUGUCAACACAGAAGCUGAGAGUAGGCGUCGCCGGCCUCGGGCGCAUGGGCAAACGCCACGCCCUGAACUUCCACCAGAACGUCCCCCGCGCGACCCUCGUCGCCGUCUCCUCCCCGGACGCCGCCGAGCGCCAAUGGGCCUCCGAGAACCUCGCCCCCCAUGGCGUCGCCGUCUACGAGUCCUACGACGGCAUGGUCGCGCACAAGGGCCUCGAGGCCGUCUGCGUCGCCUCCGCGACCGCGGUACACGCCGAGCAGGCCAUCAAGGCCAUCGAGGCGGGGAAGCACGUCCUGUGUGAGAAGCCGCUGGGCACGACGGUCGAAGUGUCCCAAACAGUCGUCGACGCAGCCGCCAAACGGCCCGAUCUCAAGGUGAUGUGCGGUUUCUCCCGCCGCUUCGACGCCUCCUACCGCGACGCCCACGCCAAGAUGCAACAAGGCCUCAUCGGCCGCCCCGCCGUGCUGCGCAGCCAGACGUGUGACGUGCUGGACCCGACGGGCUUCUUCGUCGCCUACGCGCAGUUCUCCGGCGGCAUCUUUGUGGACUGCAGCAUCCACGACAUCGACCUCGCGCUGUGGUUCUUCGACGAGGAGAAGUCAAAGGUCAAGUCGGUGCACGCGGUGGGCAUCACGGCAGUCGAGCCGGACCUGCGCAAGCACAACGACCGCGACAACGCCGUCGGCACGGUCGAGUUCUACGAUGGUCGCAUCGCGUAUCUGUAUGCUUCGCGCAUGAUGGCUGCUGGCCAGGAGGAUUCGACAGAGGUCAUCGGUACCAAGGGGAAGCUGACGGUGAAUAUUCUCCCGGCGGAGAACCACGUGCGCAUUUACCAGCCUGGAGGAAUCCGGCAGGAGCUGCCGCAGACGUACUGGGAUAGGUUCAGGGCGGCUUUCACGACGGAGGCCAUCGAGUUCACCGAGAGCGUGCUGGAGGAUAAGCCUGUGCCGGUCAAGCUGACGACUGCUGUGGCGGCUGUCAAGAUUGGCGCUGCUCUGCAAGAGUCGAUGAUUAAGGGACAGAAAAUCUGGUUUGACGAGAACGGAAACCGUACUGAAAGAGCUCAGUUGUAA